ACACUGACAGCUUGGUAAUCCAGUCUGAUCGCUGGUCGUCUGACAGAAACAGGACUUAGAAAGAAGCAAGCAAAACCUACUCGCACACAACCUCCCUCGCGCUCAACUUAAACACUUUGAAAAUGAAAGCAAUAAGCCCCGUGCGGUCCUUCCGGAAAAACAACGCGAAUUUAACGGAACACUCCUUGGGAAUCUCUCGGAGCAAGACCCCGGUGGACGAUCCGCUCAGCCUGCUGUACAACAUGAACGACUGCUACUCCAAGCUGAAGGAGCUCGUGCCCAGCAUCCCCCAGAAUAAGAACGUCAGCAAGAUGGAAAUCCUGCAGCAUGUCAUCGACUACAUCCUGGACCUGCAGAUCGCGCUGGACUCCAGUGUCGCACUCACCAGCCUGCAUCACCAGCCAGCGCGGCCGGGGCAGGCUCCAUCCAGGACCCCUCUGACCACCCUCAACACAGACAUCAGCAUCUUGUCAUUACAGGUAAUUACGCCGUAGAAAGCCUGGUUUGUUGUGGAAGAUAUUCAGCGGCUUUGUGCUGGUGCGCAUAGCUUGUGCGCCUUUGUAGCCUAUGCGUAACUCGCACAAAAUGGCUUAUUGGAAAAAGAAAAUGGCAUGUUUUUUUCUUUUUCCUUUUUUUUUGCACGGAACGAAAUAAGGAGAAAAUUCGACCUGUGUAAACACUGCUACAACGCCGAUACCUCUCGAUCCGGUGCUGCGUGGAGAAAAUUAACAUUUGGUCUGUUUGUUUGUUUGUUUUCAGUCCCCGGAGUUGCCAUCAGAGCUGAUGACAGAUGACAGCCGGACUCUGCAUCGUUAAAGCGGUAAGUAGGCUGUCCUCAUGUCUGCUUCUGCUGCUGCUGCAUUCUGUCCAGGGCUCCUCUACAGCCUGUCUCCCAGUCUGCUGGAGCAGAAUGCACGAGCUAGAAUUACCAUUUACCAAUCCGUUUGUUCGCUGCUAAUGUGGCACGUCGUCUCACGUUGCCCUAAUACUCCAAUAUGUUUCCUUACGUGAGAACACUGCGGGCUUAACUCAAAAUAUUGUGUGUCUUUAAAUGGUUUGAAGCGCCCGAUUUGUCGCUCGUAGCUGGAGCUCAAACAAAAAAAAUCCAAACAUGUGCUCUUCAAGCGUAUUAGUAAUUAGACCCGGAUUAAUAGGACAUUUUACAUUUCUUUGCAUAGAGUUUGGUUAGGGAAAAAGGAAGAUUUACGCCCCGGGCUGCUUGGGUUUCUGUAUAUAAGUUGGCAGUAUUCAGGGUUGUAUUAUAGCCUCUUGUGUCUAUAAUGAAGAGCAUCUGCAACAGGAAAAUAAUGGCUGUUUGGAUUACUGCUACUACGAUGUCUGCACAUAAUUGGUACAAGAAGUGGGUAGGCGCCAGCUGAGCGGCAAUUACGCUGAUUCUUCCCCAGAUUGUAGGCUGAAGUUGUGCGAAGAGUGUGUGUGCGCGCCUCCCUCCCCUCUCUCGCUCCUGUGUAGUGUGUGUGUGUGUACAUCUGGAGCGCAGGGUUUGCUUAGUAUUGGGAGUGUUUGGUUAAAUGUUAAAAACUGCGGCUUCCUCCCUGGCGCCAGUCUGUCCGGAUCUCUGCCCUGUUUGCAUUUUCUAAACACGCCUCUCUCUUUCUCAAUCUUUUGCAGGUGUUUGGUCAAGACGCAAAAACACACACAGGACCUGGGGAGCAGGACUUUCCUCCCCUUCCUCCCUCCUUCAUCACCUCCCCCCCAAAAUUCAAUCUCUGUCCUCCAGGCCUGGAUUUUUUUCUUUUUUUUUCUGACGCUGAAAUCAAGAGACUUUUGCUUAUUAUGGGACAAUCUUAUGUGAUGUGUUUUCUGUUUGGACACUUCAUUAUUUAACUUAAGACUUAUUUUUUAUUUGUGGGUCCUUUCUGGAAAAUGGAAGGCGCGUUAUAUUCCCGAAAGUGGGAGGAAAAACGAGAUUAUUGUCACAAGGAUUAUUUCCACCCCCUCAUCCUCACCCCCUUGACCCCUCUCCUUGUUGAAAUCUUCGCUUUUUUUGCGGAGGUGGGAACGUGAAUAGAAAGACAACUUGGUUAGUUACUGUAAAAAGUUUAGUCUUGUCUUGUCAGAAUUGUUGGCACAUGAAGGACUGGACGUUGUUUAAAAAAAAAAAAAAAAAAAAAAAAGUUAAAAUGAGAGAAUGAAACCCUGUGAACUCUUGUCGGGAGUUUAUCUUGUAUAGUUGCAGAAAUUUGAAACUUCUGCAAAAGUGUAAUGUUGUACUUAAUUAUGCUGAAACUUUUUAUAAAAGUAAUGUAAAUUGUACCUUUUUUAUACAAAAAUAAAUCAAAAACACAACUUGAA